AUGGCGUGCCUAUUCCUACCUAUUUCGUCCCCUUUCUCAUGUGACUUCAAUAAUGAAGUGGUUUCAAUAAAGCUUGCGCCAUUUCAUUCCGUUUCUAUUCUUUUGUCCGUGUCUUCACUUUCCACCGAACAGAUUUGGUUACUCAAGCGAAAAGAUAAGCGCAUCAGUCAUGUGACAUCAAUCGCAUUCUUUCCUUCCGUCUCCAAUCACUUCCGUUAUUUGACGUUUGUCUUCUUUGUCUUCGGUUUUUCUUUCUCCCGUCCGCCAUUUUUUUGGCCACUGGUUCAUUCCGUUACCAUUGUCUUCAUCUCUUUUUUUUCGUCUUCUCAUCACUUAUCUUUGUCACGUUUUUUUUCUUUGAUUUCUUUUCCUUUUUUUUCUCUUUCAUUUUUCUUUCUUUAUUUUCUUUUAUUUCGUCACUACUAUUUUCUUUUCUUUCUUCAUAUUUCUUUUAUUAAGAAAUGCAUUCUUUCUUUCUUCAUUCAAUCCUUUCUAUCUUUUUUCUUUCUUAGCGGUCCUUUCCUUCCUUCUUUUCUUUUUGUUUCUUUACGAAAUCCUUCCUUUCCUUCCUUCUUUCUUACUAUCUUUUUUCACGGAUUCCAUCGUUCUUUCUUUCUUUCGGUAUGGAAUCCUUUCUUUCAUCACGGCUUGCUUUCUUGCUUUAUUUCCUUCUUCACAGAAUCCUAUCUUUUGCAAAAAUUUUCUUUUUUCUCUCAGGAAGAACUGACGGGGCUCGACUCUGUUCAUAUCUAUCUAUCUAUCUAUCUAUCUAUCUAUCUCAAUCUAUUCGUAUGUAUCUAUCAUACUCUCUUCCUGUCUAUCUGUUCUGUUCAAACUACACAACUUAUUCUGUGCAAAUCUAUCUAUCUAUCUAUCUAUCUAUCUAUCUAUCUAUCUAUCUAUCUAUUUAUCUUAGUCUAUUCAUAUCGAUCUAUCUAUCUAUCUCAGUCUGUUCGUAUCUAUCAUAAUCUCUUUCUACAUAUCUUUUCUUUUCAAACAAACUAUACAUCUCAUUCUGUUCGAAUCUAUCUAUCUAUCUAUCUAUCUAUCUAUCUAUCUAUCAUAGACUGUUUUUAUCUGUCUCUUUCUCUCUCCACCUCUCUUUCUCUUUAUCUAUGUGUCAUAGUCUGUUCUUAUCUAUCUAUCUAUCUAUCUAUCUAUCUAAUUUCGCUUUACUCGAUAUCUUUAUAA